UAUAGAGUGUUACGGAAAUUCAAUAGUACUAAGCAUAUAACUGUGCCAGAGCUCGCACUAAACUUAAGUCGCAUCCUGCCUAAAGCGCCUGUACUGACGUCUGAGGGAAUUAUAAAAACUAUCCAGUUUGUCCUCUUCCUUAGAUAACCUACUUCUAACCUUGUUGCGCCGCCUGUCGGCCGUCCUUGGUUGGCCGGCCGACUUUGCUCGGCGCCACUUACAGUUUACCUAGCCCGACAUGGAUAACCUCACUCGAUUAUGGCGGGUCCGGCGGACAUGCCUCCAAAUGCUAAACGACCGUGGUUACCUCGUCAGCCAGGAAGAGAUUAACACAUCAAAGGACCAAUUCCGCGAUAGAUUUGGCGAGAAUCCCAGGAAAGACGACCUCACCAUCUUGGUGCCCAAGCAGGAUGACCCGACCGAGCAGAUGUUUGUCUUCUUUCCGGAGGAGCAAAAAGUCGGAGUUAAAACAAUCAAGCUGCUUGCGGAGCGCAUGAAGGACGAGAAGGUGAACAGGGCCAUCAUGGUAACCGCCGUCAAGUUCACGCCCUUCGCCAAGAGCGCCCUGGAGGACAUGCGACCCAAGUACUGCAUCGAGCACUUUUUGGAGUCUGAGCUGCUGGUCAACAUUACGGAGCACACGCUGGUUCCGGAGCACCGAAUUCUAAGUCCCGACGAGAAGCGAACGCUGCUGGACCGGUACAAGAUCAAGGAGACUCAGCUGCCGCGCAUCCAGUCCUCGGACGCUGUGGCCCGUUACCUGGGCUUGCAACGAGGCCAAGUGGUCAGGAUUGUACGACCAAGUGAAACUGCAGGACGAUAUGUGACGUACAGGUUUUGCGUGUAACACUAGAACGACGAUGAGUGUGACGACACGGUAGGGUUGGUUACGUGUGUACGGCAUUGUACGGCUGUGCUACGACGGCCAUGCUGCUCCUGGAGGAGAGGUAAAACACAGGGUGUGCCGUUUCGGUGGCUACCCCGUCACCUGGAGAUGGCUGACUUUCUUCGCCGGAUUAUCUGGUUAGGAUGGUGUCAGGAUUUUGAAAUUUCUAUUAGUUAUGAGCGCUCUCCAACUUUCCUAACACGCAUUGGUGAUGUGUGUGAUGGUGGUGGGGGAGAACGGGGGGAAGGAAGGGGCCUGCUGUGUAACCCUGCCUGUGCGAGUCGCGAACGAGCACAACGCCGUGCAGCGAGGGCCCUUUUUCAUUUCGGCGGCGUAGGGUGUCCGGAUCUUGGGGAAAGCUGGGAAAAGAGGUCACGUGAUGAUGAUGACGAUGACGACGACGAUGAAGAUGAUCAGUCGACUGGAUGGAGGGCUGUGCUUUCUAGGGGUUAUGACGAUCGCGGCAGCUUUUUGGUCAUCUGGGUCCUCGUAAAAAAGAGGAGCCCCGCGGAUUCAUAAUUGCUGCGCGGCGACCUGGCUCAAUAUCUUUCGUUCGACGUGUAAAUCUGUUGUGUCUCUUAGCAUUGCGAAAUUGUGGUUGUUAGGGUGGGUUGCGGCCUCACGGUGGCGUUUGGAGGCGUCUGUUUUCUUGGUGUACGCGCGGUCGGUGGUCGGUGGCGUGUGGCGAAGUAUCUGCAGCGCUGUCAUGGAAAGGAACACGG